CGGUAAGCCAACAUGGGAGAAAUUUCACGUUGAAUUAGAUUGUUGUCAACGUUAAAAAUUCUGUUCGGAAAUUCAGUUUAUAUCUGUCAAAAUGUCAGAAACGAAGCAUCAUUUUAUACCGCCAGUCAUACAAGAUAAUCCUAAUGGCUGGGGACCCUGCACUUUGCCGGAUCAAUUUAAAGACAUGCCUUACCAACAAUUUUCAAAAAAUGAUCGCCUUGGAAAGGUUGCUGAUUGGACUGGGAAUACUUAUCAAGAUAGAAGAUAUGCUAGUAAAUACCAAUCUCAGUUUGGUGCUGGAAGUCAGUAUGCCUAUUUCCACGAGGAAGAUGAAACUACAUUCCAGUUGGUAGAUACAACUAGAGUGCAUAAACCAAUGCAUCAAAGAGGACGAUUCCGUAUGAACCAACAACGAAAUAUGCGCAACAGAGAGAGAAUGAAGCAGGCACAACAAGCUCAAAUGCAGAUUCUGUCCAAAAUGGCUAAAGGAAGAGAAAGGGAUCGAAUUCAGCAGGUCCGAAAAUGGCAAAAACAAAUGCGUCAUAAGUUUGACAACAAGGGUCAAGCACCGGUCAAGAACCGUGAUGCCUCCGUGACCGUUCGUCCGGAGUGGCAAGUCAUCGAAGAAAUGGAUUUUCCAAGAUUGGGAAAACUCUCUCUGCCUGGUGUUGGGGAAGGGAAAGAUAUAUACACUUGUGGUGCUGUUGAAUUUUAUGACAAGACAUAUGACAGAGUUACAUGCAAGUUAGAAAAACAAUUGCAGCGAAUAAACAGAAUUUUUCAUAAAGUGACAACUACUGAUGACCCCAUCAUUCGUCAGCUGACUAAAUCAGAGGGGAAUGUCUUUGCAACUGAUGCAAUCAUUGCUGCUCUUAUGUGUGCUACCAGAUCCGUUUAUUCGUGGGAUGUGGUUGUGCAGCGUGUUGGAAAUAAAUUGUUCUUUGAUAAAAGGGAUGAUUCUGAAUUCGAUUUACUUACUGUUAAUGAAACUGCUGCUGAACCACCUCAUGAAGAAGGAAAUAGUAUUAAUUCCCCAAGGAAUUUAGCAUUGGAAGCUACUUUUAUAAAUCAUAAUUUCUCACAACAAGUGCUGAAAAUGGGUGAAGAAAAAUAUUCUUUUGAAAAUGUUAAUCCUUUUAUUCAAACAGAUGAAGAAGUAGAAGUUGCAUCUGUUGCAUACAGAUAUCGGUUAUGGGAUCUUGGCGAUGGUGUUGAGCUGAUUGUACGUAGUGAGCAUGAUGCCGUAAUGUUAGGUCCAAAUCAAGAAUUACAGUUCAUUAAUAUAAAAGCCCUAAAUGAGUGGGAUCCAAGGACAUCUGGUGGUAUUGAUUGGCGUCAAAAGUUAGAUACUCAAAGAGGUGCCGUUCUGGCAAAUGAACUAAAGAACAAUUCAUGCAAACUGGCAAAGUGGACUGUCCAAGCUCUCUUGGCUGGUUCAGAUCAAAUCAAAUUUGGAUAUGUUUCUCGUGUUCAUGUGCGGGAUUCUGCCAAACAUGCUAUAUUAGGAACUCAACAGUUCAAGCCUAAAGAGUUUGCUGAUCAAAUCAACUUAAACAUGGACAACGCUUGGGGUAUACUCAGAUGCAUCAUUGACACUUGCAUGAAAUUAAAGGAAGGAAAAUAUCUAAUUAUGAAGGAUCCAAAUAAGCCUGUUAUUCGUUUGUACGACAUCCCUGACAACACUUUUGAAACUGAAGAUGAUGAUGAUGACGACGAUGGGGAUGAUGAAUUAAAUGAAGGUGGAGAAGAUUGAUUGGCCCUCUUCCUUUUCUUAAUUCGUGUUUUGUCAUGCUGGAAAAACUUUUUUGGACUAAACUACUGAGACUUACCUAAACUAUUGGACACGACUUACUUACUAAACUACUUGGACUUCACUUUUAAAUUUUACAGUUUUUAAAUGCUUUUAUUAAACUCAAGUAUGAUUUAUUACAAUAAAUCAGUUACUGAAAAAUUACUAUCUGCUUCUCCAUAUCAAAACAAUAUGUAUAAAAAUGUAAAAAAAAAAAACAGAAGAGAAGAAUUGUUAGUGUUUCAUUAAAGUUUUCCAAAUGACAAUGUUGAUGAUUUUAUUCGUCCUCUUCUAGUAUUUUUCUUUCCUUUAAUUUUAGUGAAUUCAAUAGUAUUUUUCAAUGUGCAUGUAGAACAUUGUUUUCAAUAAAAAAUUUG